AUGAUAAGUCUGAAGACUCCGAAGGGUACAGCUGAUGAACCUCCAAGACAAUGUUUUUUGUACGAGGAAAUUAUAGAGAAGAUCAGGACGGUUUUUGUGCUCUAUGGGGCUGUUCCGAUCUCAACGCCAACGUUUGAGAUGAAGAGCAUUCUGACCAACAAGUAUGGAGAGGACACCAAGCUUAUAUAUGACUUGAAGGAUCAAGGGGGAGAGAUCUGUGCAUUAAGAUAUGAUCUUACUGUUCCUUUUGCAAGAUACUUGGCGUCCAACAGGAUAAGGAGGAUGAAGAGGUAUCAGAUAGGAAGGGUGUACAGAAGAGAUCAGCCCUCGAUAGUCCGAGGAAGGCUCCGGGAGUUUGUGCAGGCGGACUUCGACAUUGCUGGGGAAUGUGUCCAAAUGAUGGCUGAUGCAGAGGUGGUUAGUUGUGUGGAUAGGAUAUUAAGGGAAUUUGGAAUUGGGGAGUUCCGAAUAAAGAUAAACGACAGGAGGAUCCUCACCUCUAUUCUAGAGGUGGCUGGAGUUGGUUACGAGAGCUACGGGACGAUCUGCUCGACCAUUGACAAGAUUGAGAAGAUGAAAUGGGAAGACAUCGAAAGAGAGUUUAUUCAAAAAGGAUUGAAUGAAGACCAAGUAAAAACUAUCAAGAAAUACAUAGAAUUGGUAGGGAAAGAAGAUAUAUUGGGGCUUCUGAAGGAGGAUGCAGUGUACAAGAUAGAAAGAUGUAAAGCAGCCAUUCAUGACAUGGAGGAGCUGUUUAGACUCUGUAGGAUUCUUGGAUGCAGCAGGAGCCUGGUAAUGGAUGUCUCCUUAGCAAGAGGACUGGACUACUAUACCGGGAUGAUCCUCGAAGCAGAGUAUCUGGGGAAAGCAGUGGGAUCUGUGAUUGGGGGAGGAAGAUACGACAACCUCACAGAAAAUCUAGGAGAGAGAUGUGCAACUAUUCCAUGUGUUGGAUUUUCUGUAGGAGUUUCCAGAAUAUUCUCUUUACUGAAUGAAGAAUACACCAAGGAAUCGUCUACAAUGGUUUAUGUCGGGGCUUCUGGGGGCUUGUUUCUUGAUGAAAGACUUGCAACUCUUAAGGUUCUUCUGGAUGCAGGAAUCCCCUCCGAAACUUUCUACACUAGAAGAUCGUCAUUUGAAAGCCAGCAGAAGUAUGCUAUGGGAAAGAAGAUCCCGUUUAUUGUUGUGAUAGGAGAAUCCGAAAUGCUGGCCAACUCUGUGCAAGUGUUUGAAACAGCAACAAAGAAGAAAGAGAUUGUCAAGAGAGAAGAGAUGAUAAGUUAUCUAUUUAGGCUUCUUAAAGAUGCAAGAAGCCCAGAUGCCUCUCAAGAAAGAUGA